AUGCGUCCACCAUUCAUGGAUAGAACUCUUUUCCUGUUCCUCCCUUUUGUGAUGGUGUUUUUUGUAAGUUUAGCUAAUGCAACGGUUCCCAACAUUACCACAGAUCAAUCAGCUCUUUUUGCCUUAAAAGGUGGUAUUUCUUAUGAUCCUCACAAUAUUUUGACAAGCAAUUGGUCUAUUAAUACCUCUGUUUGUAAUUGGAUUGGUAUUACCUGUGGUUCUAAACAUCACCGAGUCACAGCUUUGAACCUUUCUUAUAUGGGCCUUGCUGGCACCAUUCCUCCACAUAUGGGAAAUCUUUCAUUUCUUGUUAAACUAAGUGUCACAAACAACAGCUUUCAUGGCUCCAUACCCAACGAGCUGGGUCGACUUCACCGGUUGGAACUAUUGGACUUUGGAUUCAAUGACUUCAAUGGAGAAAUCCCAUCAUGGAUGGGGUUGUUAUCCAAACUUCAAUAUUUGUUUCUACAUGGUAAUGGUUUCAAUGGUACUAUCCCACCAUCUUUAUCCAACAUAUCUUCGUUGGAAAUAAUUGAUCUCGGAUAUAACCAGCUUUCAGGCUUCGUAUCUUCCUCCCUGUUCAACAUAUCGACCUUGCAAGGAAUUUAUCUUAAAGAAAACAUGCUUUCAGGUCCGUUGCCCUCCAUUAUCUUCAACAUGCCUUCACUGCAAGUCAUGGACCUCAAAUUUAAUAUGUUUUCUGGUGGACUCUCAAUGGACAUGUUUGAUCAUCUUCCCAACUUACAGUGGCUUCGCUUGUCUUACAAUAAGUUCUAUGGCAAACUCCCAUCCGCUUUGUUCAAAUGCAAACAACUGCAGACUUUAUUCUUGGGGGUUAAUAAUUUUACAGGAAGAGUAUCUCCAGAAAUUGGAAACUUAACCAUGCUUGUAAAUUUAUCUCUUAGCAACAACAACUUUCAAGGUGCAAUUCCAAGUGAAAUUGGUAAUUUACAAAACCUAGAGCUAUUCAAUAUCGAGAACAACAACUUUGCUGGCCCAAUUCCAUAUGAAAUCUUCAAUAUCUCUACACUACAAGUCAUUGCAAUAACUUUGAAUAACCUCUCAGGCCAUCUUCCAUCAAAUAUAGACCUCUUUCUUCCAAAUCUUCGGAAGCUGUUUCUUGGGGGAAAUAAAUUGAGUGGAACAGUUCCCAGCUCUAUUUCCAAUGUUUCACAACUCACUAACCUAGAAUUGGUUCAAAACUCAUUCUCAGGCUUAAUUCCUAAAUCACUUGGGAAUUUAAGGCUCCUCGAGAGACUCAACUUGGGACAAAAUAAUUUGACUGUUGGAUCGCAAGAAUUGAGCUUUUUGAUCUCUUCUUUGUCGAAUUGCAUAUAUCUCAAAGCAUUAAUUUUAUCAGGCAAUCCACUAAAUGACAUCAUGCCUAAUUUCGUUGGAAAUCUCUCUAAUUCUCUUCGAAGAUUUUCAAUGUUUAAUUGCAGUAUUAAGGGCAGCAUUCCUAGUGAUAUUGGAAAUUUAAGUAGCUUGACAGCUUUGAACCUACGAACAAAUGAAUUGGCUGGACCAAUUCCAACUACAGUGGGAAUGUUGCACAUGCUUGAAGGUUUGUUCCUUCAAAGUAAUAGACUAGAAGGUCCCAUCCCAUCUGAUCUUUGUCGUUUAGAGAGAUUGGUUGAAUUAAACUUAACUGGUAAUGAGCUUUCAGGACAUAUUCCUACAUGCAUGGAUAAUCUAACUUCUCUAAGACAUCUCGACCUAGGCUUCAACCAAUUAACUUCUACUGUGCCUAUGAGCUUGUGGAGUCUAACAUACCUCUUGGAGGUCAAUGUGGCAUCAAAUUCUCUAAGUGGCUUUCUCACAUCAAUGAAUAUCGAAAAUAUGAAGGUCUUGAUAAAAUUGGAUUUCUCAAGAAAUCAGUUCUCAGGUGUUAUUCCAAGAACAAUUAAUGGCCUUAAGGAUAUAGUUCACCUCUCCUUUGCAAACAAUCGAUUAGAAGGUUCAAUUCCUGAAUCAUUUGGUGAAUUAGUAAGCUUGGAGUUCUUAGACCUUUCGAGUAAUAAUUUAACUGGAGAGAUUCCAAAGUCCUUAGAAGUACUCCAAUAUCUCAAAUAUUUGAACGUGUCUUUUAACACACUACAAGGAGAAAUUCCUUUAGGAGGACCAUUUGUAAACUUCUUAGCUGCAUCAUUUAUGUCAAACAAGGCACUUUGCGGUGCUCCCAGAUUGCAAGUUCCCCCAUGUAAAGAAGGUGCUCCUCAACCAAAAAAGGCUACAACAAUGCGCGCACUAAAGUAUGUAUUAUUGGCAAUUGGGUUAACAAUACUUGUAGUGGCCUUUUUAUUAGCUUGGAUAAGAUGCCAAAAAAAGAAAGUCAAAUUUCCAGUUGAGGAAGAGUCGUUACUUGUAACAACAUGGAGAAGAAUUUCUCACCAAGAACUUUUACAAGCAUCAAAAGGAUUCAAUGCAAACAACUUGGUUGGUAAAGGAAGUUUUGGGUCAGUAUACAAAGGAACACUAUCAGAUGGGACGAAUGUUGCAAUUAAAGUUUUAAACUUGCAAGUAGAAGGAGCAUUCAGGAGUUUUGAUGCAGAGUGUGAAGUACUAUGCAAUAUUCGUCAUCGAAAUAUAAUCAAAAUCAUAAGUGUUUGCAGUUGCAUUGACUUCAAAGCCCUUAUAUUGGAAUACAUACCUAAUGGAAACCUAGAGAAGUGGUUGUAUUCUCACAACCACUAUUUGAGUAUCUUACAAAGGCUAAAUAUAAUGAUCGACGUAGCAUGGGCAUUAGAAUACCUUCAUUAUGGUUAUUCGACACCCAUAGUUCAUUGUGAUUUGAAGCCCAACAAUAUCUUGUUGGACGAAGAUAUGGUUGCACAUGUCACUGAUUUUGGCAUGGCCAAGCUCUUAGGUGAUGGAGACUCGAUGAAGAGAACUAUGACUCUCGCUACCAUUGGUUAUAUGGCACCAGAGUAUGGAUUGGAAGGAAUUGUUUCUACAAGUGGUGAUGUGUAUAGCUAUGGUAUUGUAAUGAUGGAAACAUUCACAAGAAAGAAGCCCACAGAUGAUAUGUUUGCUGGAGAAAUGAGCUUGAAGCACUGGGUAGAGGAUUUGUUACCUCUUUCAGAAAUUGAAGUUGUGGAUGCCAAUUUGGGAGGAACCGAAGGACAUUCUGCUAUGGAUUGUAUAUCAUCCAUCAUGCGAUUAGCUUUGGAUUGUUGUGCAGAGUCACCUGGACAGAGGAUAGAUAUGAAAAGUGUUUCAAUCACACUCAACAAGAUCAAAUUGAAGUUUUUACAAGAUGUUAGGAGGAGUCUAAUGUGA